GACAAGCGUGCGGUGGUGAUUGUGAGUGUGUUGCUGAGUGUGGUGUUUCUGGUGGUAAUCACAGCCAUUGCUGUGUGUUACCGACGCGCUAAGGCCCGAAAGCGGACACGACGAGAGGCAGAAGAAUUCAACCGGAAACACCCAGUGCGCAAUCUGCCACCCGAGUUUAUCAAAGGUAUACGUACACGCAGAGAUGCAGUAUAG